CUCUUCCGCGAUACGGUGGGCUGUGGUCGCGACAUCAUCCCUCGGGAUUUGCGCCUGCGUCUUUUAGAUUCGAUUCUAGCUCUGUAAUUCCUUUUACCUCCCCCUCGCCUGUUCGUCAUCAUUUUUUUUUUAAUUUUUUUCACCUGUCGUUCCCUUCCUCUCUUCCUUCUUCUCCGUCCCUUCCCAAAUCGCCCUCAAAUUCUCGCACCAUACUUGCUUCCCUCCUCCCAUGGUCUCCAAACCCUAACCCUCUUCCAAAACCCUAAUCCCCAUUCGGUACCCUGGGGAGCUCCUCUAAUGGAGGACGACCACUUGAACCACCACAAGCUCUGCGGUUUCCUCCCCGUCGUCGUCUCCGUGAACUCCCCCCAGGAGCCCCGCGGAGACCCGGCGCCCCCUCCCCCAACCCUAGCCCCCGGCACGCCCUGCUUCCUCUUCAGCGAUGGAGCCGUUGUCGGCUUCCGAUCCCAAGAUGGACUCUUGCUGCUGGCCCUCCAAGAAAGCAAUGUGAAGGCAGAGACUGAAGAGACCGAGUUUUUGGCGCCAGAUAAGGCGAAGAUUGGGGGCUUCGGUGGUGGUGUAGGGACCUCGCCCUCGAAUUCGAAGAGGAGGAGGAGGAGGAGGAGGGGGGUGGUGCUCGUGAACGGGAGCAUGAGUGUGGUACACCAGCUGCACGCGCUGACGGCUCACAAGUGCUUGGAGAUUGAGGCCAGGGUUGUUAGGGUUUCGGUUCGAGGGGAUGAGGAAGCGAGGGCGGUGGUGCUGAUCGAUAUCUAUUUGCCCAUAGAGGUGUGGUCUGGUUGGCAAUUCCCAAGGUCGAGGGCACUGGCUGCUUCUUUGUUCAAGCAUGUGCGUUGCAACUGGGAAAUCAGAAAUUCGAUGCUUUCUUUUGAUUGGAAGACUGAGCAUUCACAUGCAGAUGAUAAACAUAUUUGGAGCUGUACUGAUUGCCAUGUCCUUGGAUGUGAGAUGCAUUGUAGCUCAUCUGAUUCUGGCAAUAAAAGGUUAUUUGAUCUUUAUGAAAUCUUUAAGAGCCUACCUAGUGUAGCGAAGGAAAAGAAGAUGCAGGCUACUAGAAUAAAGCCUGAAGAUGCAUCAUUACAUCGUGGUAUCUGGGAGAUAGCUGAUGAUUUGUUGACUAAUGUGUUAACUCAGCUUUGCUCAAAGGACCUUGUUAGGGUUUCAGCCACAUGUCGUCAUUUGAGGUCAUUGGCUACAUCUAUCAUGCCUUGUAUGAAACAUAAACUUUUUCCCCAUCAGGAGGCAGCAAUUGAGUGGAUGUUGAAACGUGAGCGAAAUGGUGAGACUCUAGCACAUCCUUUAUAUAUGCAUUUUUCUACAGAGGAUGGAUUUUCUCUUUACAUAAACAUUGUUACUGGUGAAAUAUCCACUGGAAUGGCGCCUAUGAUAAAUGAUUUCCGUGGAGGAAUGUUUUGUGAUGAACCUGGAUUGGGGAAGACAGUAACUGCACUAUCUCUUAUUCUGAAAACACAUGGAACUUUGGCUGACCCACCACAUGGAGUAGAUGUAAUAUGGUGCAUGCAUGAUUCUGACCAAAGAUGUGGCUAUUAUGAAGUUAGUGCUAAUAAUGUUGCGCCUGGCAACUUUUUGUCAAUGUGGAAAAGACUUUUGGGGCAGAAUUUGCGAAGGGGGAAGGUCUGUUCUAGUAUGCCAUCACUGGGAUUUAGUUCCAUUGAGAUGUCUAAAUCUUCCUUACGAAAGAGAGGCAGAUCAGUGGGCCCUGAACAGUCUGCGGGCCUGGCAGCUUCUUCCUGUGGGAAACCAGGCAUUUCAUCUUGCACGGACACACACUCAAGGCCGGUAACACGUGUUCUUAGAUGCACCAGAAGCCUGAGUCAUGUGCAGAGAAAUCUUCUGGACACGUAUGGAGAAAUUUCAGGCUGUAACAAGAAAAGAAAGGCUACAGAAAAUGUUGUUGACAGCACAAACAUUCCAAGAGUCCCAAAAUUAGAUCACUUUGCAAAGGACAUUGUCAUGCCCAGAUCGUGCAACAGUCACAAGGAGCCUAGGAAAGAUAAUGCUGGCUCUGAUUCUAGUGAGACCUGGGUCCAGUGCGAUGCUUGUAGAAAGUGGCGGAAGCUAUCAGAGAGAACUACACUUGAUGCUACAGCAGCAUGGUUUUGUAGCAUGAAUAAUGAUCCUUUACACCAGAAUUGUGCUGCUCCAGAGGAAUCUUGGGACUACAAAAGGAGAAUAACAAAUCUGCCUGGAUUUUAUACAAAAGGAACCUUACAAGGGAAAGAGCAAAAUAUAUCCUUUUUCACUAGUGUACUAAAGGAGAAUUUUACAUUGUUGAACUCGGAAACAAGGAAAGCAUUAACUUGGUUGGCCAGUCUUUCAGAUAACAAACUCAUAGAGAUGGAAACAGUUGGCUUGACACUUCCAGUAAUAGAUUCUCGAAUGGCUUCAGAUAGAGAUUCCUGUGGAUUUCACAAGAUAUUUCAAGCAUUUGGUCUUGUAAGAAGGGUUGAAAGAUAUGUAAGUAGGUGGUAUUAUCCAUCCAAGCUUGACAACUUGGCAUUUGAUUUGACUGCACUUAGAAUUGCUCUCACCAAACCAUUGGACUUAUUUAGGUUGUAUUUGUCCAGUGCAACCCUGAUUGUUGUCCCUUCAAAUUUAGUUGAUCACUGGAAAACCCAAAUUCAGAAACAUGUCCGUGAUGGGCAGCUCAGAGUAUAUGUCUGGGCCGACAAUAAAAAGCCAUGUGCUCACAAUCUUGCAUGGGAUUAUGACAUUGUGAUAACCACCUUUAACCGGUUAAGUGCUGAAUGGGGCCCACGCAAGAGGAGCGUAUUAAUGCAAGUUCACUGGCUUAGGGUAAUUGUAGAUGAAGGACACACUCUUGGCUCAAGUCUCAGCUUGACAAAUAAAUUGCAGAUGGCUAUCUCUCUGGCUGCUUCAAAUCGUUGGAUUUUAACUGGUACACCAACACCAAAUACACCAAAUAGUCAAGUGGCUCAUCUCCAACCCAUGCUCAAAUUUCUUCAUGAAGAAGCUUAUGGACAAAACCAGGAAUCAUGGGAGGCUGGCAUACUUAGGCCUUUUGAGUCGCAAAUGGAGGAGGGGCGAUUGCGUCUUCUACAGCUGCUUCAAAGAACGAUGAUUAGUGCAAGAAAAAUAGAUCUGAAAAAUAUUCCCCCUUGCAUUAAAAAAGUAACUUUUUUACAUUUUACUGAGGAGCAUGCAAGGAGUUACAAUGAACUGGUUGCUACAGUCAGAAGAAAUAUCUUGAUGGCUGAUUGGAAUGAUCCUUCUCAUGUUGAAUCACUUUUGAACCCGAAACAAUGGAAGUUUCGGGGCACCACAAUUAUGAAUGUUAGAUUGUCUUGUUGUGUGGCUGGGCAUAUUAAAGUAACAGAUGCUGGUCAGGAUAUCCAGGAAACAAUGGAUAUUCUGGCACAACAAGGUCUUGAUCCUCUUUCAGAAGAAUAUGUGCUCAUCAAAUUUUCUCUUCUGAAUGGAUGUUAUUGUUUAAGGUGCAAAGAUUGGUGCCGUUUACCUGUUAUCACCCCAUGUAGGCAUUUACUGUGCCUUGAUUGUGUAGCUCUGGACAGUGAGAAGUGCACUUUUCCUGGCUGUGACAACCCUUAUGAGAUGCAGUCUCCAGAAAUAUUAACACGCCCAGAAAAUCCAAAUCCUAAGUGGCCUGUGCCUAAAGAUCUUAUUGAGUUGCAACCUUCAUAUAAGCAGGAUGCCUGGGAUCCAGAUUGGCAAUCAACAUCAAGUAGCAAAGUUGCAUACUUGAUAGAAUGCUUAAAGGUUUUACAGGAAUCUAAUAUAAAAAUAGGCUACUGUUUAGAUGAAAAGGAUGAUAGAAAGACAUUCAUAAAUUCUCAAAAGAGCCCUUGCAGUGUGUUCACAUAUCAGGAGACUGCUACAAGGCCAUAUGGCGAAUCUUGUAAUAUGUUACCUGAGAAAGUUAUAAUAUUUUCUCAAUUUCUUGAGCAUAUACAUGUCAUUGAGCAGCAGCUGGCAAUUGCUGGCAUCAGAUAUGCUGGAAUGUACAGUCCGAUGCAUUCAUGCAACAAGAUGAAGUCGUUAUUGAUUUUUCAACAAGAUCCAAAUUGCAUGGCUUUACUAAUGGAUGGAAGUGCAGCAUUAGGCCUUGAUUUGAGUUUCGUUACACAUGUAUUUUUAAUGGAACCCAUCUGGGACAGGAGCAUGGAGGAACAAGUGAUUAGUCGUGCUCAUCGCAUGGGUGCUACUCGUCCAAUUUAUGUUGAAACUUUGGCAAUGCGUGGUACCAUUGAAGAGCAAAUGCUGAAAUUUUUGCAG